GAUCAGUCCGGCUCCGAGAGUCAUGGCGACCACAGCGUCCAAUCACUACAACAUCCUCACCUCCAGCGCAUCCAUCGUGCACUCGGAGCCCGGCAGCAUGCAGCAAGCCGCGGCGUACAGGGACGCGCAGACCCUGUUGCAGAAUGACUACUCGCUGCAGAGCAACAGUCACCCGCUCAGCCACGCGCACCAGUGGAUCACGGCGCUGUCGCACGGGGAAGGCGCCCCGUGGUCCUCGAGCCCGCUCGGCGACCAGGACAUCAAGCCCAGCGUGCAGGGGGGCGGGCGAGACGACAUGCACAACUCCAGCAACAACAACCUCCAGCAGCAGCAACAGCAGCACCAGCCGCGACCGCCCCACCUGGUGCACCAGUCGCACGGGAACAGUCACCACGACGCGCGGGCGUGGAGAACCACCGCCGCCACCGCACACAUACCAAGCAUGGCGACGUCGAACGGCCAAAGCCUUAUCUAUGCCCAGCCGGGGUUCGGCGUUAACGGUCUGAUCCCGGGAAGCGGACAGGGGAUGCACCACCACAGCCUGAGGGACCACGAGGACCACCACAGCCCGCACCUCAGUGACCACGGCCACGCGCCGUCCCAGCACCAGCAGCAGGGGGGGCACCACGACCACUCGGACGAGGACACGCCGACCUCGGACGACCUGGAGCAGUUCGCCAAGCAGUUCAAGCAGCGGCGGAUCAAGCUGGGCUUCACGCAGGCCGACGUUGGACUCGCCCUGGGGACGCUGUAUGGAAAUGUGUUUUCCCAGACCACCAUUUGCAGGUUCGAGGCCCUGCAGCUCAGCUUCAAAAACAUGUGUAAGCUCAAGCCUUUGUUGAACAAGUGGUUGGAGGAGGCAGACUCCACAUCGGGGAGCCCCACCAGCUUGGACAAAAUCGCCGCGCAGGGGAGGAAACGGAAAAAACGGACCUCUAUCGAGGUGAGCGUUAAAGGGGCUUUGGAAAGCCAUUUUUUGAAGUGCCCUAAACCAGCGGCGUCGGAAAUUACAUCACUGGCGGACAGUCUUCAGCUAGAAAAAGAAGUGGUGAGGGUUUGGUUUUGUAACAGGAGACAGAAAGAGAAACGGAUGACCCCUCCCGGAGGAGCUCUCCCGGGGACCGAGGAUGUGUACGGGGACACGCCGCCCCACCACGGAGUCCAAACCCCGGUCCAAUGA